AAUUUAGUUAAUAAAGGAAAGGAAGCCCAUCAGAAAGUGGUAGAAUGUUGUAGAAUAUAAAUGAGGAAGAAAGAAGAAGAUACUAGAAAAUCCACCAACACCGUUCCCCAUCUCUCUUCCUUCCUAUUUAUAUCCCCUCCAACCCCUCCCCGGAUCAUCAUCCUCAAAGCAUCCAUCCACCACGAUAGUCUCCAAUUCCGCAAAAACACUCUCUUUUCUAUCCAAUCUACUUCUUAACUUCGAAUUCAACACCCAUGGCUCUCAUUCCAACCAUUUUCGGUGGUCGCCGCAGCAACGUCUUCGACCCCUUUUCGCUGGACAUUUGGGAUCCCUUCGAAGGCUUCCCGUUUUCAAACUCAUUGGCCAACCUUCCCUCCUCUGCUCGCGAAACCUCUGCUUUCGCCAACACUCGCAUCGACUGGAAGGAGACCCCACAAGCCCACAUCUUCAAGGCUGAUCUUCCCGGGAUCAACAAGGAAGAAGUCAAAGUAGAAGUGGAAGAAGGCAGAGUUUUGCAAAUCAGUGGAGAGAGGAGCAAAGAGCAGGAAGAGAAGAAUGACAAAUGGCAUAGAGUUGAGCGGAGCAGUGGGAAGUUUAUGAGAAGAUUCAGGCUGCCGGAGAAUGCUAAAGUGGAGGAAGUGAAGGCCAGCAUGGAGAAUGGAGUUCUGACUGUGACUGUGCCUAAAAUGGAAGAGAAGAAGCCUGAGAUCAAGUCCAUUGACAUCUCUGGUUAGACAAUCACAUUGUUCCUCACGAGUAUUGUGUUGUGGGUUCUGCUUCUGUCUAUGUUUGUGAAAUAAAAAUUGUGGAAGAAUAAGCUUUAAUUUGUUGAUGUGUUGUGGAAUGCUUAUUAACUUUGUAAACAUGAAAAGUGUUUGAUGAGAAUGAACGUAAUCUAAGUUCGUGUUCUUUGCUGUAGAA